AUGAAUCCACCUCCUCAAUCAUAUUCAGGGGGCAAGGAGGAGGAGAAGGAAAAGGACAAGGCAAGACUGAGGUUCAAGUUUGACAAGGUGAUGAUCAAGGCCAAUGGUGUAAACUACAUCACCGAGGGCGUCGUUGGCAAUGGUUCAUUCGGUGUAGUAACCCAAGCCAUCGUAGCAGAUACCAAAGAGCUUGUAGCCAUUAAGAAAGUCCUACAAGACCAACGAUUCAAGAAUCGAGAACUACAGAUAAUGAAAAUGCUUAAUCAUAUAAAUGUCGUACAACUUAAGAACAGCUUCUUCACCUCUGACAACGAUGAAGUAUAUCUGAAUCUUGUAUUGGAGUAUGUACCUGAUACGGUGUACAGGGUGGUAAGAAGCCACUCUGUGUCUCGACAACAGUUGCCAUGGAUCUACGCCAAACUUUAUGCGUACCAACUAUGCCGAGCACUCAACUACGUCCACUCUCUUGGCAUCUGUCAUCGUGACAUCAAGCCACAGAACCUACUAAUGGACACAAAGACAAGCAUAUUGAAACUAUGUGACUUUGGAAGCGCUAAAGUCCUUACCAAAGGUGAAUCAAACAUAUCAUACAUUUGCUCAAGGCAUUACCGAGCACCAGAGUUGAUCUUUGGCGCCACAAACUACACGACGGCUAUUGAUACGUGGUCGAUAGGAUGUGUGCUGGCAGAGCUACUCAUCGGGCAUCCACUGUUCCCAGGUGAGAAUGGAAUCGACCAGUUGGUGGAGAUCAUCAAGGUACUUGGCACGCCAACCAAAGAGCAGAUACACGUGAUGAACCCAUACUACUCAUCAUUCAAGUUUCCAGAGAUCAAAGCCAAUCCCUGGACAAAGAUAUUCAGAGCAAAGGAGGUACCUCCAGAGACUAUCGACUUGAUAUCCAAAAUACUACACUAUGAACCAAACAAUCGAUUGAAACCAACCGAGAUAAUGGCACAUCCAUUCUUUGAUGUGUUGCGCGAUCCCAAAACGACACUGCCCGAUGGCAAGCCCCUGCCUCCUUUGUUCAACUUCACCAUUGCCGAGCAAUUGACAAUGAGUGCCAAGACGGCGGCAAUCCUCGUGCCGAGCCACGCGAUGAACUCCAUCGAGCUGCCCUCGCCACUCUUCCCACACUUGGUCAGUGGCGGCGGCGGUGGCGGCGGCAGCGGCACCACCAAUCAACAACCUGUAACAUCCUCCUCCUCAUCAUCAUCGUCGUCAACCACCACUCCCACACCAUCGCCAUCCAAUCUCUCCGCUGCCAACAUCGAAGCAGCCGCCCAAGACACAACAUCGUCUUGUUCUGAUCCAACCGACAUUGCAGAAACAGCAAGAGUCGCUCAGUAA